CCUCCCAUCUCUCCUGUAUCAUCCGGCUAGCAGCGUCUGCAGCAGCUCCGACUGUGGUCCAAGGGUACUUCAGUCCACCCAAACCUCCAAAGUUAGACCGAAGAAACAUGCCGAAUAAACACUAGGCUGUCCUAAAGGAAACCGGAAUUAUUACACCCAGAAGCAGAAAGCGUCCAUCAGUAGAACUUCGAGACCGUUGACAGUCCAACAUGUUGUCGAGGUUGAGGACCACCCUCGCCCUGAGGCCCUGCAUCUCCAUUUGCAGAGGGGCACACACCAAAGAAAAGGGCAAACCCCUAAUGCUUAAUCCUCGCACCAACAAGGGCAUGGCCUUCACCCUGAAAGAGCGACAGAUUCUGGGCAUUCAUGGUCUGUUGCCUCCCAAGGUGGAGACUCAGGACAUUCAGGCUAUGCGCUUUCAGAGGAACCUCAAGAAGAUGACAGACCCCCUGGAAAAGUACAUCUACCUGAUGGGGAUCCAAGAAAGGAAUGAGAAGCUUUUUUAUCGGGUGUUAAUGGAAGACAUAGACGAACUAAUGCCAAUUGUUUACACUCCUACUGUAGGAUUGGCCUGCACACAGUAUGGGCACAUAUUUAGGAGACCAAAGGGUUUGUUUAUCUCCAUUCUGGACAGAGGACAUAUCCGCUCCAUCCUGGACAACUGGCCAGAGACUAAUGUGGCAGCUGUCGUAGUAACUGAUGGAGAACGUAUUUUAGGAUUAGGGGACCUGGGUUGUUACGGAAUGGGCAUACCCGUUGGAAAGCUCUGCCUGUACACCGCCUGUGCUGGCAUUAGACCUGAGAAAUGUCUGCCUGUGGUCAUAGACGUUGGCACAGACAAUGAGACUCUUCUUAAAGAUCCUUUCUACAUGGGCCUGUAUCAGAAACGGGAUCGCUCUCAAGCCUACGAUGACCUGAUUGAUGAGUUCAUGGAGGCUGUUGUGGACAAAUACGGACAGGGCACGCUGAUUCAGUUCGAGGACUUUGGGAAUCACAACGCUUUCCGCUUCCUUCGGAAGUACAGGGAAAAAUACUGUACCUUCAACGAUGAUAUCCAAGGUACAGCAUCUGUAGCCCUCGCUGGUCUGUUAGCAGCUCAGAGGGCCAUUGGCAAACCCCUCACUGAACACCGUGUGCUCUUCCUGGGAGCCGGUGAGGCUGCCCUUGGCAUUGCCAAUCUGAUUGUGAUGGCCAUGAUGGAGUUGGGGUUGACCCAGGCAGAGGCCAGGGAAAAGAUCUGGAUGUUCGACGCGCACGGUUUACUCGUAAAGGACAGAGUACAGAAAACGGAUGGCAACCAGGAGGCCUUUGUUCACGACAGUCAAGGGGAUGUACGGACCUUUCUGGAUGCUGUUAACACUAUCAAACCCACGGCUAUCAUUGGUGUGGCAGGAGCCGGACGUCUCUUUACCCACGAUGUCAUUAAAGCGAUGGGAACCUUAAAUGACAGACCAAUAAUCUUUGCCUUGAGUAACCCAACAAACAAAGCGGAGUGCACAGCAGAGGAAGCCUACACACUAACUGAUGGUAGAUGUCUGUUUGCUAGCGGCAGCCCGUUUGGUCCGGUCACACUCAGUGAUGGCCGUGUGUUUACACCAGGACAAGGGAACAAUGCUUACAUCUUUCCAGGUGUAGCUCUGGCUGUGAUCCUGAGUGGAGUGAGACACAUCAGUGAUACUGUAUUCUUAGAAGCUGCCAAGACGCUUGCUCAGCAGCUGACGGAUAAAGAGCUGGAGGAGGGCAGACUCUAUCCUCCUCUCUCCAACAUCAGAGAAGUCUCUGUUCAGAUGGCUGUCAAGGUGGUGGAGUAUGUCUAUGCCAACGGCAUGGCGUUCCGUUACCCUGAGCCUCUGGACAAGAACGGCUUUGUACGUGCCACUUGGUGGAACACGGACUACGACUCCUUCCUGCCCGACACUUAUGACUGGCCUGGUGUCAGCUUCAGUCCCAAGAUCAAUUAGAAGUAAACUCACAUCCUCGAUGUGGCCAGGGUGAAAGUGAACCUCUUUUUCUUUCUUUUUCCACCCCAAUGUGUAUCGCUCAAAUGAUUUAAGUGAUGUUGGUGCAAACAUGCAUUUACACCAAAGCACUCCCACUGGAUCUGUGAGAAUUGGAGUGAAAACAGACUGUAGAAGGAGCGUCAGUUUGUGAGAGAAUGGCCAUUUUCUUCACAAGUUAUUACUGGUUUCUAGAAGUAAUGUGGAGCGCCACCUAGUGGUUGAAAUGGGGCAGUGUGGUAAAACCAAGUGAAAAUGAAAUGCCUUUUAUUUCUGCUAUGUCAGAAAACAGAAAUAGAAAAUGUGAUGGUGUUAUGUUUCUUAACAUGACACCCCUGCAUUGAUCAAACAAUUUAAACACCUAGAACAACUCUGUAAGGAACACCAAGGAGCCCUGCAAUGUCUGUCCAAAGUAUGGAAAUUGGUUAGGCAUAAAUGCUCUAGUAUUUAAAAAAACAAAAUCACCAGAUAUUAACCAAAUAUAUCUAACCUGACUGUUAUCGACACUCCUAAUGAUCCACUAUGUUUAUUUAACAUAAACUUUUUUCGCUUAGUUGUAUUUCAAAUACAAGCAGAUAUAUUGAAACUGUAAAUCCUCAUUUAAAUCUAUUGACAUGAAGUUCCCCCUUUUUUCCCACAUUCUUGUUGUUCUCUGGUUUUACUGAAACAACAAGUGAGAUGCACAGCAGAGCAGUUUCAGAGUUAAGCUAUGAAAGAAAAAGCCAGAAAAGGGCAACUAAUGAGACAAUUUAUAUCUGUUAGUCCAAACCUCCUAAUUUAAUCUAAUUAUAUAAAAAAAAAGGGAAAUUAUUGGAAAUCAUUGUUAUAAAAACAUUUUAAUUAAUUUACAGAUAAAACUUGAAUGUGCACUCCAGCAUUUUAUUCAUCAAAUGGUUUUGUCAACUUUUUAAAUAUAUAUUUUAGUGUUAUGCGUUACCACUCCCUUAGUCAUUUGCCAUAUGCCUUUAAAACAAGUUUCUGUAUUUUAUUGUUGAACAGCAAAAAUAUAUUACAUGUGCUAGUGUGGAAUUAUUGAAUAAAUAUUGUUAAGGUUCCAUGCGCUUUUUAAUAACUCCAUAUUUAUGACAUCAAUCUUUUUU